AUGCAAAAUAGUAAAAUAGAAAUGGAAUUUCCUUGUCUUAUUCCUCUAGAACAGUUGAAAAAGCUUGUUGCCUUGUCAUUAACUAAAUUGAUAAUUUGGUUGAAUGAACUGACUCAAGCUGAUGUGAAACACUUCUUUGAGUCUAUCUGUGGAGAGGUUCAACGACUGAGGCUUCUUGGGGAUUACCAUCAUUCAACUCGGAUUGCUUUUGUUGAGUUCACAGUGGCUGACAGUGCAAUUGCCGCCCUAAGCUGCAGUGGCGUGAUUUUGGGUGCUCUGCCUAUAAGGAAACCUUCAGUUGCUGCUAUUGAUGGUCUUGCCCUGGGUGGAGGGUUAGAGCUUGCGUGGUUUUGA